AUGUGGUCCACUCAGAACACAGAUCGAGAGAAAUUACUCUUCAAUGGAGCAAGUAGCAAUACCGGUAAUAGUAAUGAUGAAGGGGCUCGUUUCAAAAAUGACAAUCAAUCAUCUUCCCCUAUAUCACAACGAGAAAUUGAAGCGUUGACGGCAAGAACAUAUGAACAGCAGAAUGACUAUAGCUUAGAGGAACUUUCUUCUAAAUUAUCCGUCUUGCAUAAAAUUAAUGUCGAAAUCUACGAUGAAGUAAAUAAUCAAGUAAACGUAAUUGACGAAACUAGCUCCUCAUACACAUCAUUAAAAGGCACAUUAACAGGCACAAUAGGUCGAAUGCUAGAAACACCAUAUGUUCCAACAUUUCCAUACACUGGGUCACUUCGUGCCUUAUAUCCUUUAUCCCCUACACGGCAUGUCCCUCCACACAUAAAGAAACCUGAUUAUGCUGAUGAUCUUGAAGGGCAACCUAUAUCGGAAAUCAAAGGUAAACAUGCAGCGAUUGUCAGUUUGGAUGCAGAAGAUAUCAAAAAAAUGCGUACUGUUUGCAAGCUUGCACGAGAAGUGUUAGACAUUGGUGCUGCAGCGGUGAAACCGGGAGUCACGACUGAUGAAAUUGAUAGAAUUGUUCACGAAGCCAUCAUAGAAAGAAAUUCAUAUCCAUCUCCUCUAAAUUAUUAUAAAUUUCCCAAGUCCGUAUGCACAUCAGUGAAUGAAGUAAUAUGCCAUGGUAUACCUGAUCGUCGGGAACUCCAAGACGGUGAUAUUAUAAAUAUUGAUGUGACAUUAUACCAUGAUGAAUUCCACGGAGAUCUUAAUGAAACUUAUCCGGUUGGAACAAUUGAUAAUGAUAGCCAACGACUGAUCGACACUUCUAAACAGUGUUUACUUAAAGCUAUCGAGUGUGUUAAGCCUGGUUUCCUAUAUCGUGAACUGGGUAACGUAAUAGAAAAGACCGCAAAGAGUAAUAAUUGUUCGGUUGUGCGUACUUACUGCGGGCAUGGGGUUCACAGGUUAUUCCACUGUGUUCCCACGGUUCCACAUUAUUCAAAAAACAAGGCAAUAGGGCUGAUGAAACCAGGACAUGUCUUUACAAUAGAACCAAUGAUAAAUCUAGGCACGUUCAAUGAUAGAACCUGGCCAGAUAAUUGGACUGCGGUCACUGCAGACGGAAAAAGAAGCGCACAAUUUGAGCACACUUUAUUAGUAACGGAAGAUGGUGUUGAAGUGCUAACUGCAGGCAUUGGAGAAAAACGAGUUUAUCCUUAA